GUUUUCUUGUCUUGCUGCCAACAGCAGCCUGCAACAGCCUUGCAAGCAAGUAACCUGUGCACAAGUCACUCAAUUAAUGGCAGAUCGCGGUCGUGCUCCAGCUAGAGGUGGUCGUGGAGGUCCUCCACCGCGAGGUAGACCAAUGCCAGCUUCAUCUGAUGUCAAUAAAGGCAAGCGGGAGGCUAUCCUCGACCUGUCCAAGUACGUCAACGAGAGAAUAAGGGUCAAAUUCACUGGCGGUAGAGAAGUGACAGGGAUCCUGAAGGGUUACGACCAACUGCUCAAUCUCGUUCUUGACGGGGUCGAGGAACAAAUUAAUGAGCCAGAACCUCAAACCCGCUUGUUGAACCUCGUAGUCCUUCGGGGACCCACCAUUACCCUCCUCAGUCCCGUCGACGGCUCAGAGGAGAUCGCAAACCCUUUCGUAGCUCAGGAGUAGACAGCACCAUUCCUCUUCAGUAGUCCAUGUAUCUCCAUCUACUGUUUGUACACCCAAAUGUGACCGCUUGUUGCCUGACUACAU